ACAUGUGCUUCCUGUAGGACACGUACCGGCAUCGCAUCGCUGUCGCUGAAGUACACGUUUCAAUUAGACAGUUAGGUCUAUUUUGUAUGAAAAAGUACGAAAACAAGAAUUAAGAAAUCAUAAGCGGGACCUGUUGUCGUGACAUUUUGAAUAUUUAACAGUUCAAACGACUCACCACAACGAAAAGAAUCAUUUGUUGAAGGAACGAUGGAGAUUGCGAAACAGUUGCUGUGUUUGACAGUUGUCGCGUGGUGCGUUGUCAAUGUCAGUGGAAAGUACAGACCAGAAGACUGUGAAGCAUGUGUGAACUUCAUAAAGGCAUUUGAUGAAACUGUAUCAGACACAACUCGCAAAAGCAUGGAUUCCAUCAAGACAGAAUUGAUGGAUUUUUGUGGAGGCACCAAAGUGAAAGAAUAUGAAAGAAUUUGUUAUUACAUCGGAGGACUAAAGACUUCAGCUACAGGCAUGCUCAACGAAAUUACUCGACCUUUGACCUUUAACAAGCCAGCUGAGAAGAUUUGUGAAACACUUCAUAAAAAAGAUGCCCAAAUUUGUGAAGUGAAAAUAAAGAAGAAGAUGAACCUUGCUGAGGUUGACCUGAAGAAGCUACGUGUGAAACAGCUGAAGGAGAUUCUGAGUGACUGGGAUCGCAGUGAUGCAUGUAAAGGAUGUGCGGAGAAAUCUGACUUUGUACGUACAGUGGAGGAACUCAUGCCCAAGUACGACCCAGCAGCAUACAAACUACGACAACAAAAGCAAGAAUUAUAGUUAGAUUAAGGUUUUUUUUGUUCCAACUUUAUUUAUAAUGUAGUUCUUUGAGAGAAAGAGAAACAGAAAGAUAGAUAGACAGAGAGAGAGAGAGACAGAGAGGCAGACUGAAAACUUGUGUAUGUUCAAUGUGAAAAUAUGCUGAGGUAUGUUCUUACUUGUUCUGCAUGGUAUGAUAUAUUUGUUAGAUGUGUUGGUCAGAACAAAGCAAAAUUUGAUAUUGAUAUCUGUAGGUGGAGUACCAGUUUUUAAAAGGUGUGAAUUUGAUCAUCGAAAGUGUUGAUGAAGUGAAUUUCUAUUCCAUCAGGAACAAUGAUUUAUUAUAAGACUUCCUAUAGUUAAACUCAAAUGAAAUUUGACAAAUGUCCCAAAUAAAGGAAAAUGUGAUAUCUGGAUUGACUAAUGAAAAAGGUAUUUUAUAGUUUAUAAUUAUGGUUUUAAAAAAUGUUGACCCGAGAUAAAAUUGAAUCAAAAUCUUGAAAUAAUAUGAAGUACCAUGUUUCUGUCAAGAGAUUGCAUCCUUUGUAUAGUAUUGUUUUUAGUUUAAGUUUAAAACUGGUAACUCAUAAAAUUUUAUUCAUAUGUUAAAGGUUAAGUUUACUAUGCAGUAGAGAUGACUCAUUUCUGGUUAGCUUCUGAAUACAUUUGUAUUAUGAGUCCAUUUACAUGUGUAUGGAUGUGUGCUAGUUCGUAUGGAUUAUAUUUGAGAAUUAGAAAAUAAUUGAUGUAGGAUAAAAGAUGUUCAAGUCGGGUAAUGACACACAGAAUGUAAGAAACAGUUGCACCAUUGUAAAACUGAUGGUGUAAUUGUUGGGUGAAUAGUUUGUUUGGUUGUAUGUGUGAUUUCUAUUUAAGUGUGCUAACUGUUGAAUACCAUGGUUAAUGACCUGAAUGUAAGCAAAUCCUUUGUUGAUACAUGUAUUAUUGUGACCUUGUGAAAAUAUCCUUAUUGUUUCUAUAAUACACAUACUGGAAGUCAGUUCUGUUAAGACCAGACAUUUUGAAAUAGGAAGAUGAAAAUUAAGGAAAUCACUGAUUUUAAGAUUGAAAUUUGGGAUAUUUAGUUAUUAACCAAUAAUUCCACAAGUUCAUGCUUAAAUCACAAAAUAGCUCCACGCAAUUGCCUACUGUAUACAGACAUCUAUCACAAUAACUAAUGCUUUCUUUGAAAGUAAAAUGUGACAAAUGCAACAGGUGAUUGUCAUGGUUUCAAGUAAUGUCAGAACCAUGUCUGAAGAUAUCAAAUUCUCGUCAUAUGGGAAUCUAAACUGUGGAUGGAAUGAUGGAGGACCUAACUCCUGAUUGGCUGUUGUUGAUGUGUAGUAAGUCCUCUGUAUAGAACUUAAGAUGUGGAUGUUGUUGACAGCAAUUAAAUAUAAUAUAUAUGUCAACAGAUAUAUUUGUUAGAGGUGCUCCUACAUGACAUUUGCAUGGAAACACGAGAACAUUGUUUUUUUUUAAUCAUUCAGAUUCUCAGACACACUGCAAAACUUAAACUGUCUGCAGAUUUGACAGAUUCUUACUUCAGAUUAUAAUAUUACUUUUCACAAUGAAAUGCUAGUGAAGUGCAUGUGAAAUAUUAGUGUUUCUGGUACAUUUAGGUCGGGCAUUAAAUUACUGCAGAUUUAUGUCCCUUGGAUUUGGAUACAUGAUAAAACAUGGGAUCCAGAACUAUGUUAUCAUGAUGUAAUUGCCAUGGUAUUUGAGCUUGGAAAGUUUUUGCGACAAUUCAUAUCUUAUCUACUACUAGGUAAGACAUUAUCUAGGGAUAUAUAGAAAUGAAUUAUUUCUUUCAUCUUACCUCAUAUCUUAUAUCACUUGCAUACAUAUUUUUUAUAGUGAUAUUUUAUGACAAGAUAUCAAAUCUGUUGGUAUGUUUAAUUUUACAAAACAUCAUUUCCUGUUUGUAGGUUUUAAUCUAUAUUGAUUAACAAAUGAACUUAAAAACAAAAUUUUGUAGGAUUUUUCAGGUGAGUUAGACCAGAAACCUUUUCCAAAAUUUUGAUGAGUUCCAUGUGCAUUACUAAGAGAUAUAUUAGGUACAAUUAUGUACUCAAAAUUUAAGCAAAUCCCACAGGAAAAGCACAAGUCCAGGACUCAGAAAUCGAGAGUCCAAAAAAUCACUGUUAAAAAUAAGAAUAUUUUUAUCAGAGAGAGAGAAAGAGAAAAAAAACCUGAAAAAUAUUAGAAGAUAUAUAUCCUCAUGUAUAUGCUUCAAAACUCCACAACACACAGAAGAAAUAAAAUGAUAAAGCUGUCCAAAACAUAUAAUCACUCAUUUAAAAAUGUAUGGUUGUCAUAUUGAAUCUACAAAGUUUAAAUAAAAUAUUGUUUAAUAUUG